GGCUGAAUGGAAGAAAAUAGAAGGGGAUGAAAAUGGGUGGUUGAAGCCUUGAUGCAUUUACAGAUUACAAAGAAAGGAGAGUCAAACAAGAGUCAAAACCAAAGAUGGAUGCCAACAACAGUGCCAGGCCCCCACCUCCCCCGGUACACCCUGCAAUACAGCCCCUUUCCUACCUGCUGGGAACAUGGAGAGGCCAAGGCGAGGGUGGUUUCCCCACCAUCAACUCCUUCUCCUACGGCGAGGAGCUCCUCUUCUCUCAUUCGGGCAAGCCGGUGAUUGCGUAUAGCCAGAAGACUUGGAAAUUGAGCUCCGGCGAGCCUAUGCACGCCGAGAGCGGCUAUUGGCGGCCUAAACCCGACGGUACCAUCGAAGUUGUCAUCGCUCAAAGCACUGGUCUUGUUGAAGUUCAGAAAGGGACAUAUAAUGCUGAAGAGAAACUGGUGAAGCUUCAGAGUGAACUUGUGGGAAAUGCCUCCAAGGUGAUGGAGAUAAGUCGUGUUUUUGAGUUGGUUAAUGGAGAAUUGUCAUACGUGGUUCAGAUGGCUACCAACCUUAAUAGUCUUCAACCCCAUCUGAAAGCUUUGCUCAAGAAGAUCUGAUGCAAUCAUGUCUUACUUAAGAUAGGAAAUACAGAUCAGCUUCCCUCAUAUCCUGUGUGACCAGCUCCCUGAUGUUUGUUGCAGCAGUGCAUCUUUUGCUGCUUGCUUGUACUUGAUUAACUUUAUUUUCUUUAGGAUGGGCAAGGAAGCUUUAGCUAAACUGAAGUUCUCUUUAUCACAUGAAUACUCCAACAAAAUAAAAUGGUGAAGCUUGUAGAAUUUUUUGCAUGAAUAAAUAGCAUUUGCAUUCAUUGUUUGUACAA